AGUUUUGCUUGCUGUUUUAGGAAGCGGCCUCAGCCCCCAGUCCUUCCACAAAUGAGCCUCUCAUCGAUGUCGAUGACCUGGAGGAAUUUGCCAUAAGACCUGCUCCACAGGGUGUCACUGUCAAAUGCAGAAUCACAAGAGACAAGAAGGGAAUGGACAGAGGGAUGUACCCUACUUAUUACCUCCACUUGGAAAGGGAGCAUGGUAAAAAGGUGUUUCUGUUGGCUGGAAGGAAACGAAAGAAGAGUAAAACCUCUAAUUACCUCAUCUCCAUAGACCCAACUGACCUGUCUCGGGGUGGAGAGAGUUUUAUUGGAAAACUGAGAUCAAAUCUUAUGGGAACUAAGUUUACAGUUUAUGACAAUGGAGUAAAUCCAAUGAAAACAACAUCAAGCCUGGAGGCGAGUACCCUGCGUCAGGAGCUAGCUGCUAUUUGUUAUGUAAGUACUGCUCACAGGCAAAAGAUGCAAGAAAGGGCAAUUCAGUUUCUGAAAUAGCACACUGAAUUUCCU